GAACUCCAAAAGGUUAUAGACUAUUUUUCUAAUGAUAAUUCUAAUUCUUUUAUUAAGACAGAAAUUUCACCGACCUUGGGACGCCAAAAUCAUGUGACUAAAAAUUCUGAGACUAGCGAAGAAAGCUUACCCAUACCUGAAGAAAAUUUAUCCUUAUCAGCCGAUUUGGAGGAUUAUAUAAAAACACUCACAGGAAGUCUUGACGAUGAGACUGCUAAUUGGACACACCAUACGAGAACUCGGCUAGGAUAG